CAGGUAAUACACAUUCGUCGUAUCAAUAAGCCAAUACACGUCCAGGAAGUAGACGUAAACCCCCUUUUUGAGACAUGAACAGGAAAUUACUGUAUUAUUUUACUAAGUGUUAUUUUACAUAUUAGAAUUAAGACGUAAUAGCAAGUUUCAGAAACCGACGCAAAAUGCCCGGAUUUUCCAUCAGAGACCCUCAUCGACACGGAGGAGCAAAAGUGUCACGUGGACGAUGGUCGAGUUCGGUUGAACUUCUAAAGAUUGAAGCAAUGAAAAGUAUAUGGUAUGCCUUCCAGACUCUGAUCGAUCCACAAAACGAAAUGGUUCAAAUUCACACAUUAAAGGUAUUGACUGCCAGCAUAGGAAAUGCUCUAGGGAUAGAAAAAUCAGAAGAACUCCAUGACAAAACCGACCAAACAGAAUUAGAUUUCAAAUCAUAUUUUGUUAUUCUUGAAUCAUUAAUGUUUGAACCGUUAUCCAGAGUCUCAGAUGAAACCAUGGACUUGUCAAGCAUCGAUUAUCAACAUGUACACCAAGUUUGUUGGGUUUUAUUUUACAAUAAUCAAAAAGGGAAAACAAUACCAGAUGACGUGCCAGAAAACAUUGCAUUUAAAUUGUGGCUGAUGUAUAAUUUGUUUUCAGAAGAAGACGAUUCGAAUAAACCUAUUUUCCCACUCAAAUUAGAUCCAGAAGAGGCAUCCACAAUUUUUGAAGGAAUUUUAACACAAACUGGAAAUCAUAAUUUAUUAUGUAGUGCUACUGAAGACUUCGGUGAUGAACCCAUGACAUACCAGAAAUAUCUGGCAACAUUCUUUGUACAUAUCUUUAAACAUGUGAAAGAAGGAAUACUUAAAUCAUCUGUAGAUACCGUCCAUGAACAGUUUGUCAUUGACAUUUUAAAAAAGGGAAACUUAUUAAAGCGUGGACACCAAGUUAAGAACUGGAAGGAAAGAUACAUGGUUCUAAACCCAACAGAACUAAAGUAUUAUGCCUCAUCACAUCAAAAACACAUGAAGGGAACAGUCGUAUUCAACAAAUCUCAAACUGUAGAGAUAUUACCUGAUAAAGGUGGGAAACAUAAUCUGUUUGUACUCAAUACACAACAGAAACCAUAUGAGAUGAGUGCUUUGGACUUGAAGACUAGGAAUGAAUGGGUUUCAUGUAUACAGAUAGCCUUAGACAACUGUGAAAACCCUCACUAUCACCAUCAUAAAGAAUUAUCUAAACAGCGCAGACAGAAACGAAAUAUCAUCAAGAUGGAAAAAGAAAAUGAGGAAAGAAAAAGACAAGAGGAGGAAGACUUACAUAGACAGACAGAAGAAGGAUAUAAACAGAGAGAACAGAUGAAUGAGGAGAUGCUCAGACAGAGGAACCUGGAAUUAGAGGAAGAAAAAAGACGAAGGGAACAAUUAGAAGCACAACUAAGAGAACAAGAGGCCCUACGAGAAGCUGAGAGACAGAGGUUGCUGGAAUUAGAGGCUAGUAAAUCAGAGUUAGAAAAACUACUAGAAUUAGAAAGACAGGCAAAGAAAGAUGAAGAGACAGUUAGAAGACUUCAAGCAAAAUUACUUGACGAGGAAAGUGAAAAAAGACAAGAAUUAGAAAAAUUGAAAAGAGAACAAGAAGAGAUACUUAAACAUGAGCGGGAGAUGAGGGAAGGGCUAGAAGAUCAAAAGGAAGAAAAAGAUCAAAUUCUACUAGAAGCUCAAGCGAAACUGUCAGAAUUAGAAAACGAGAGGGUUGAAGCUUCUGAGAAAUUAGAGAAAGCAACUGAAAGACUACAGGAAGCUGAAAAUGAACGAUUGAAAAUGGAAGAAAAGGUCAAGUUAUGGAAGAAACCCAAUGUUGGGCUAGCAAGACCAAUCCAGCCAACCAACAGACCAUUAAUAACACAUCGUGGACUUGGUGCCUUCUGUGCCACUGACUUUCUUAGAAAAUCACGUCAACAAGACAAACAGCGUGGUAUGACAAAAAAGCAGUUAGAUGAAAAAUAUGGAGAACACGUAUUGGACAUGUCAGAUGAAGAGGAAAAUGGUAAACAUGAAAACAAAUCUCCCGUAUCUAAGACGUUUAAUGAAGAAAUAAAUACACAAAACUUGGACAACGUAAUUGAAAAUUCAGAUGUUAAAAUCAGUACUACGGAGGAAGGUUUAUCUCACCUUGUAAAUCAACCACAAAUUAUAAUUCAAACUGUAACUGAUCAAGAUCAACAAGCACCGGAUAAAAUAAGUGACAAAUCAAAUGAAAAAGAAGAAAACAAAGAAGAAAUUAAAAAAGAUGAACAAUCUAAAGAUUUGGAAGAAGAGGACCAGUGUACACAAAGUAUUGACUGUAAGGAAGGUGAACUGGACAUUGAAACAGAAAAAUCUUCCAUUAGUAAGGAAAUGACACUGGAAAAAGAUGAAAAUAAAGCUGAAAAUAUCAAUGAGGAUGAUGUACAAAAACUUCGAUUUCUAGUUGAUAAUAGUUUAUUGAGUGAAAAUCAUCAAAACAAAGAUUCUGAACAUAUCCAAGCGAUGACAAGGGGGCAUUUGGGUGAGGAAAAUCAGACUUAUGUGCAAGGAGAUGGGACAUUGAAAGAUGAUGAGUCGGCAGAUUUGUUUGAGAGUGCAAAGGACAUUUCAUCGACUAAUAGCGAAGAAAAAGUUGAAAAUCAUUCAUUGUCUGAUGAUCAAAAAGGAGAAUCUUUUGAGCAGAAAGAGACAGAUUGUGAAGUUCAAGUUCGAGGUUCAUAUGAAAAUGUAACUUUUAAUUCCCAAAGUAUUAAAUCAGAUGAAAAGACUGAAGGGGAAAGUGAGUGUUCAAAUACUAAAAAUGAAAAUGACAGAAAUGAAACUGAAGACUCAAGUAUAAAGAAUAACAAUGAUGAAGAAUCUUAUUAUGAUCAACCAGAAGAUGAAACAAAUGACAAAGAUAUGUCUGCUUUUAGUAACCUGACUUACCAAAAUAUAAAUAUGAACGCCAAUGACCAGAAAUCUGAUGAGAGAAACAAAGAAGAUGAAGACCCUAAUGUGUAUGACUAUGUAGAAUUGAAAAAUGAACAUUUUGAACAAAAGUAAUAUAUUGUCAUAUUUCAUGCUUAUAUUAUGCUAUGAGAAUUUAUCUCAAUUAUUUUUGUGUACAAGUCACUGAUAAAAAUAAAACUACGUAAAUGUCAAUGAAGGUAUUACAUCACAAAACUUAAUAAUGGUGCAAAAUCAAAUAACUUCAGUACAUAAAAUCUUUCUAGAGUUUAGAGGUUAAAAUCUGACUUGAAAUUAGAUUUCGAGGUGAAAACAAAGAGAUUUAAUCUAUUGCCAAGCCUUAAAUGAAAGUAAGAUCUAAAUUAUUUAUGUAUUAUUUUCACUAAAGAUUUUCCCCUCUAAAACUGAUAGCUGAUAUCAUAAUGGUACACAAUGUAUAUCAAUUUAGUCUUUAAUUUCAUAGAUGAAACAAAGUUGUAAAUGUAAAAUCCAACAAAAUCAGUGCCUGACUACAACAUUUCUGGUUACAUAUUCAUAUGGCCAAGAAAACUUAAUUUUGAUAAAGGUUAAGGCAAUUUCUAAGGUCAUAUUGUUUUGCAAUUCUUAUAAAGUAUAGUACAAAACAUAGUCAAUGAUUUUUUAUAUUGGUUUUUAAGAAGUACAUAGUGUCUUCCAUACAAAAUUAUUCUCCUCAGAUCAAUGAGAUCUCAAUUAUCAGUAUUAUUUUGUGUGCUUCAGUGGUUCAUAUGUUUUCAAGGUCAAAAGUAAGUAAUCAGCAUUUCACCAAAUUUUUGAUUUAUGAAUGCAGUGAUACAUAAAAGAUGUUGACAUUUGACCUAUUGACUUUUCUUUUUUGCUCUGUGGCAUCAGACAUUUUCUCUUGUGAUGUCAAAACUUCAUGGGAACAUCUGUUAUAUAAAAUAAGUAUAUGUGGUAUAACUGCCAAUGAGACAACUAUCAAACUGAGACCAUAUGAUGGGGUUGAUGAUAAUCUGUUAUUUCAAGUCAUGAUAAACAAAUAGAAAUUAGGUGUGUGAUAAUUCUUGCCAAGUUGAUAUAAGAAAACACUAAAAUAUAGAACAAUAAACUGCUUCGCCGAGCAUACCUGGAUACAACCGCAGAGGUCCAACACUGAACAGUUGGGGCAAAAAUGGACACAAUAUUCAAGCUUGAUACAGGUCUGAAUUUUGAUUGUACUUAAAUAUUUGACACAUUAUAGGUUUCUGACACAGAAUAAAUGUAGUCAAAGAACUUGAAUUUGGUUUUAUGAUUUGAAUUUAUAUUCAAUUGAAGAUUUCUUGCUUUUGUGCAAUUCACUGUACUGUUGUGCUGUACUUAGUAAAUCUGUUUUCAGACUAUAUACAAAGAAUUAGCAAAAUAAAUUGUGACCCCAAAUUUUUCUUUGGAAAAUUGACAAUUUUUUAAAUCUUGAGGAAAAAAAAUUGACCUCCCUCCCCCCCCAUUUUCCAAAAAAAUAACAUUUGAAGAAAUUUUCUUUUUGUAAAAUGUGGUACAAUUUAAGAGACAUCAAUAAACUUAAACACAAGUCAUUGUCUGAAAACUAGAAAAAUGCUUGUUUUAGACCCUUUUUGGCCCCUAAUUCCUGAACGGUUUGGGCAAUUACCCUAAAAAUGAAUCACAACCUUCUACUUGUGGUAUUGAACCUUGUGGUACAAUUUCAGAGCAACCAAAAUACUUAUACAAAAUUUAUUGUCCUGAAACUAGAAAAAUGUUUUUUUGGGCCCCUUUUUGGCCCCCAAUUCCUAAACGGUUGGGACCAUCACCCCCAAAAACAAUCCCAACCUUCCUUUUGUGGUAAUGAACCUUUUGGUUAAAUUUCAUAGAGAUCCAUACACUUAAACUAAAGUUAUUGUCUGGAAACCAAAUGUCUUCGGACGACGUUGACAUGAUAGCAAUAUACGACCCCAAAAUUUUUUGCGGUUGUAUAAAAAUGAAAGAUGACCUGCUGUAUUUCAAAUUAUUUGUAUGUAUGACAUUGUGUUUGAUAUUGUGUAUGGUUGUGAGUUGAACUAAAAUCAAACAAUAUAUAUAAAUAUCUUUUACUCUUCUAAUCAUUUUCGUUUUUUCUUUAUUUGAUGGAAAUCUACAUCUCAGUUUUUACUUUAGAUAGAUGUACAGAUUAUCCAUUAUUUAUUUUCUAGAUAUAUAUAUCUAAUAAAGUUCUUAUUUAAGAUAAGCAAACAGCAUUAUAUAAAUUGUCAUUUCUUAAUUAGCAUCUUUUAUUUUAUGUAUGUUUUAAUUUCUUUAGGCAUGCCGCAUAAGGAUACUUUCUAAUUCGAUUGUGAUUUUUUUCAUUUUCAGAGAUGUUGUAGAUCAAGAUAACAUCUUUGAAAAAUCAUAAUACAAGACAUAGGCCACAGCACUUGUCUUCAAGAAAACUGAGGCUAAAAAUUUGAAGUUUUUGUAGAUUUGGUUAAAUUUUUUAAACAUCUUUAAGAUUUUCUAAACCUGAUAUUUUAGCAAGUAAAUAACCUAUUUUUUUUUUUAAAGCUAUGACGAAUGUAAAUUAGCAAAAAAAUAAAUAACCUGUCAGCUCUAUUGUUUCACAUCAAAACAUGAUUGAAUUUACAUAUUCCAUGAAAAAAACUAAAUUGGCUACCUUUAUUCAGUAGUUUUACAAAUUUCUUGAAUUGUCAUUUUUCUUACAUUUUUAUAUGAGAGGGCUUUCAUUAUGAUUUUUUUAAAUCAGAAAAAACACAAAAGUUGAACCAGAAAGUGUAUUCCCCAAUUAUUAACUUUCAAGAUUUAAAGUCCUGACAUAAGAUUCUGUUAUAAUAAUGAGGUCAUCAUAAAAAAAAUAGUAACAAUUAUCUCCCCUGAAACCGUAUUGACUCCCCUUAAUCUUAAUUCUGUAAUUUUUUUUCUAACACAAGGGAAUAUAUUGGAGACUUAUCAAAAACAAGGUUCCUUACCUCAUGAAGUGUUAUGUAUUAUACAAUAAACUGAAUGCUAUCAUUAAACAUAUGGAAUACAAAAAUCUUCUUUAUCUUUUAAAAACACAACAUAAAUGAGUUUUUAAGAUAUUUCAUUCAAAUUAAUCAAGACAAUUAUGCUAUUAUUAAAUGAGGGGAAAAAAAUCUGCAAUUAACUAAAAUAGUGAUGUUUGUGGGUUUGAAUGAUAAAUCACAGAUUUCAAUGCAAAUAGUGAUACUGAGUAUUCAGUAAAUAAAUGUUCUUCACAUAGGAACAUAUUACAGUUAUGACAGGUUAAUAGGUCAGAAUUGUAUGUGUGUAUUAAAAAGAGUAACAAUUGACUUUAAAAAAAAUUUGAUAAGCAAAAUAUGUACAUGUAAAUUAAAAGGAUUGUCAUGCAAAAAGUAAUUUUCUAAUUUUAAAUUUCAUGUUAUAUAUAUAAUUGUAUUUGUACAAAGAGUGCUUUAUUUAUUUCCAUCAUUAAUAAAUGAUAUGAAUCAA